CUCACUCAUUUGUCAAUUAAGACAAAAGUGAGACAUCCCCUCUCCCUCCAACCAUUGAGCUCGACCAGACCAUCCAAGGGAGAGAGAAGGAGCUUCAAAAUCACCUCCAUUGCUGCAAAUUUGAGCUCAAGCUUUAGUGCUCAAAGGAAGAAGAUUAAAGAGGGAAAAAGUUGGGAAAAGUGUGAACAAUUAAGGCACUUGUAAAGGGUAUUUCAAGUGAUUUCACAAAGUUGGAAAAAGUCGCCGGAGUUGUCGCCGGAGUUGACCGAAAGUCGCCGGAGUUUCACCGGAGUUCAACCAAGAAGGGUAGAACUUCAUAACGCUAAUUCAAGGUUGAAGCUAGGGCUUGCUACUUGCACCUUCUCACGGGUGGUAUCAUAUCGGGAAGACGUGAAAUGGAGGGCAGGCGAAUGGGGACCAGGAACAACCCGAGGGGGCAGACGCCGGUAGCAUCCCAAAGGGGAAGCCGGGCUGCAUCUCGGGGUUCAAGAGGAGGCCGUGGAGGUCGUGGAAGCCGUGGAGGUCAUCAAGCUCAAACUGUGAGUGAUGGCCAUGUAAGCUCGGUGUAUGAAACCAACACCGAGGACUAUGACUCGACCUACGUUCCAGAAACGGAGCAUGAGGAGACCCCGUAUGAUGGGGGUGACACAUACACCGAUGAUGAUGAUGAAGAGAGUGAUGCCAAGUUCGCCCAAAUGGGCGAAUUGCUUGAGUGGUAUCAAAAAGAAAAGCUGAGGAGAGACCUUAGGCGCCAAGCAAGGCGUGGCUCUCGCGGUGGUUCGGGUCAAGGAAGCCGGGGAGCUUCAAGGUCCACUCCCGUAGCGCCACAUGAUGGGCGUGAGGGAGGUUUUGUUGUGAGAAUCUCCAAGUACCUCAAGGAGGCUAGGGCCUUGGGGUGUAAGUCCUUUGACGGCACCGGUGACAUUACCGUUGCCGCCGACUGGAUAAAGAAGGUGAAGGAUGCGGCAAAAGACAUGCAAAUUUCACCGGACGUGAAGUUGACUGUUGCUUCACGGCUGCUUGAGGGGAUAGCUUCCACGUGGUGGGAGAGUGUAGAAGGAAAAUACCAUGGGGAGGUCUCGUGGUUGAACUUUGAGCAGGAAUUUUAUGACCAAUACUACACUGACUACGAGAAAAAUGUCAAACGUAGGGAGUACACCAACCUCAAACAGAAGGAGGGUGUUUCUGUUAAACAGUUGGAGCAAGAUUUUAGAACCUUGGCUAGGUUCUUACCGGAGUACGCGAUCAAUGAGGACCGCAUGUCAGAGCACUUUUGGGAUGCCUUACUCUUGGACAUCCGUGAUCGGGCUACGUACUCGCGCCACAUGACCUUUAGCGAGGUGGUGGAGCAGGGCCUUCUUGGGGAGGCUCAAUGGAACGAGAGAAAAGAAAGAGACGCCGAGGAGGCGAAAAAGAGAAAAUGGCAUAAUUCGGGGCCGCCCGAGCAAGCACGGAAGAAUAACCACGGCGGGGGUGGUGGUACGUUCAAGGCGCCGGCACCACCGGCGAAGAAGAACAAGGAUGCUCGGUGGCACGCAUCCUCCUCUCAAAAUACGGGGCCUCCUAAGUGUGCCAACUGUUCAAAGAACCACUUUGGGAAGUGCAACGCACCCCCGAGGUGUUAUCGAUGUGGGAACACGGGCCACAUGAAGGCCAAUUGCCCACAAUUGGGGGGAGGAGGAGCUCCGGGAUCCGGAGGAGGAACCAUGACGGGAAGAAACCGUGCGGGCCCGUCAAACGGCGGUAUGGGAAGGGGCGGUGCGUCCACAAGUCAUGCCGCGUCCGUCAACCAAGGUGGGACCCAAGCACGAGUGUACGCAAUGACCGAGGCGGAUGCGCGAGCAAACCCGGACUCCGUUGCAGGUUGAAGCUAGGGCUUGCUACUUGCACCUUCUCACGGGUGGUAUCAUAUCGGGAAGACGUGGUUCGUGCUUCCUUAUUUUCUUUCAAACUACUGAACACUUGCUCAUGGAUAUUUGCUCUACUAUAAACUAUUUUUGGGGCUUGCAUGCCCAUGUUGUUGGCCGGUUGUGGCUUAUGACUUACCGUUGAAUAUUUCCGCUAUUCAUUGGUUUAAAUGUGAUGUUGUUAUGUAUGUUUACUACUGAGUAUGGAUGGAUUAUAUUCUCGAACGCCUUGUGUAAUUAAGUGAGGUUGACUCGCGGGUGACGUCACUUGAUUAUACGGCGGUUGUACACGUGCUUGGAUUGCGGUCUGGGGCGUGACACAGCGGGCUUUUUACCGUUGGUUUCGAUGAUGAGCCACCAACCUCCCCCAAGCAGAAGAAGAUAAAGAGGAAGAGGUUGAGGAAGGCUGAUAAGGGCACAUCCUCUUCAUCAGCCCCCCUAGUCCCCGAAGUUCCUGAGUCCGUUCGGGAGGUAGAGCCUGUGCAGCAGGUUGCUCAAGAUCAGCAAACUCAUGCUGAUACGCUGAUGGAUCAGCUUUUUUCUGAUCAGCAGUCCCACCAUUUCUCUGCUGAAGAGGUGGCUGCCCAUCAGGCUGACUUGGCUAAUCAGUUCGAGCGGAUCUCCCUCUAUGAUCCUGCUCAUGAGAUGUUGGAGCGGGGUGGCUGUCCGGCGAGCCAGAUCUGGUCCACAUCAGGAUUUCUCAAUGGCCACAAUCUUCCCCCGAUACCGGUGGAGGAGGCCGAGGAGUGUAUUGCUCUGACUGUCCUGAAGGCGGGGAUAUACAGCCUGAAACUCAGAGAGGCCAGACAGGCAAAGGAACAAGGCCUGCUGAUGGCCAAGGAAACAGCUGAGCAGGCAGUGGAAGCUGAACGGCGAGCAUUCGCCGAAGAGCGGAGGAAACUGGAAGCUGAGGCUGGGGAGCUCCGUGUUAAAGUAGGCUCCCUCCAAGCCAUGAUUGUGGCAGCUGAGGCCGCUCAGGUCAAGUUUUCUGAAGCUCCUCCUCAGAUCCCGGACGGACCGGCCGAAAUGACAGUUGAUCUUUCCGCCGUUCGGGAUUCCUUCAAGACUUCAGAGGAGUUUCUGGCCCUGAAGGAGAAGUAUGCCACCGAACAGCUCCCCGCUGUCUUCGGGAGGCAUCUGGAGAAACUGGCCGGAGAAGAGCGCUAGAAGGAGGGGAUCAGGGUGCUUGAUCAGCAUCCUAUCACCAAGGAGUGGGCUGACAAUCUCGCCCGAGGGGUCUACAGCUCAGGCUGUCAACAUAUGCUCCAGCCUCUCCUCCCCCUCCUGGAAAAACACAUGGGCCGAGCGGUGCAAUCUUCUGACUUCCCCUCUGACCUCCAUCCGGGUCACCUGAACGCCCUGAUGGCACAGAUGAAAAAGUGCCGGCGAGCCCUGGGGAUGGAGGUGGAGCAGAUCGUUGAGGAGGAAGCUGACGAUGAAGAAGAUGAUGAAGAGCACCCCGAACAAUAGAUUAGACAUCCUCUUUAUCUGUACCUUCUUUUCCUUUAAUCAGUAUUUCUUUUGUACUUUCCGGCCAGUAGAGCCGAUGAAUAUACAACUUUUG